ACCUUAUCAGCCCCCGUCCGUCUCAUCAGUAUCACCACCACAAGUCUUCGCGGAGAGCAACACCACUGCGCUGACUCUGCACGCUACUGUAUCUUCACUUGAGCAUUCUCGCCUGCCCAGCAUGGAUUCAACCGCACCCUCACCACCUCUCAAUACCGCCAUCGUCGGCGCUGGUAUCGCAGGUCUUUGCGCUGGAAUUGCACUGAAACGUUCCGAUACCACAAGAAUCGUCACCAUCUACGAGAAAUCCACAUUCAAGAACGAAAUCGGAGCAGCCAUUACGCUGACUCCCAAUGCAAACCGCAUCCUGGACCGUUGGGGGUUCGACGCCAAAGCUCACGGCGAGACGGACAAAGAACAGGUCCGUCAUGUCGAUGCACACACAUUGGAAAUCAUUCAUCAGUGCGGAUUUGCAAGCGUAGAGCCCGAGUUCGGACAUCGUUACAAUGCGUACCAUCGUGUGGACCUGCAUCGAGGACUGAAGACGAUGGCGGAAAAUUUAGGGGUGGAGAUCCAGCUUGGGAGAGAAGUCGUCGAUCUGGACUGUGCCGAAGGUGUUUUGACAUUCAAAGAUGGAACAACAUCAAAGCACGACCUGGUCGUCGUCGCCGAUGGCAUCCGAAGCACUCUCGUCAAAAGCGUCACCGGUCUAGACAUUUCUCCGCACAAAAUCGGCAAAUCCGUCUUUCGUGGCCUGAUUCCCAUGGCAGCUCUGCAGUCGAAUCCGCUGAUUUGGUCGCAAUUCGAAAACCAACCUUCGGGAUUCUACACUUGUCAUCAUGCGGGGAAAAUGAUCAUGAUGUAUCCCUGCGCCAAUGACAGUAUUAUGAAUAUUGCCGUCUUCCACACCACCCGUCCCGGACACGAACACGACGAGGGUUGGACUUCUCCUGCUACCAAAGCCGAUGUGUUGAGUGUCCUGCAAGAUGUCCAUCCCUUCUGGCGAGCGAUUGUCGAAGCUGCGGAAAGCGAUGAUGAUUUUAAAUGUUUCCCUAUUAAACUUCGUGCUCCCAUUCCUCGAUAUAAUAACGGUCGAGCCAUUCUUAUUGGAGAUGCCGCACAUCCUUUUCAGCCCACCUAUGCCCAAGGCGGUUGCUCCAGCAUCGAAGAUGCCGCAUGCCUCUCUACUCUCUUCCGCAACACCUUCUCUUCAUCUUCUUCCUCAAUAAACAAAACUAUCCCCUCCCGCUGCCAACUCUACAACGAUUUCCGCCUUCCACGCGACAAUACCACACAAAUUUAUUCCAACAUCAUGUUUGACCACUUGACUGGAGAAGAAGGAAGAAUCAACGAGCACAACAGCAACGACGACGAUGACGACGAUGAUGAUGAUCAGAACAAAAACCAGAAGAAAUCGUUUGAAGCUCAAAUUCGAAAAUUCUACCCCCAAGGUCCAUUGAUGUCGGGAGAAAUUCCUUCGUCGUGGACGAGACCGAUGCAGGAGUUUUGGUUUGCGUAUGAUGUGGAUCGGGAGGCGGAGAAGGCUGUGAGGUGGUUUGAGAGGAAUUGUGAAGAGGAGGAGGAGGGUUGUGGUGGAAAAGAGGGGGCAGAGGGGAAGAGAUUGCCG